AUGGUAGGAAAUAGGUUUGGAAUUUUAAUUGGCUUGACCAUGCUGCACUUGUUGGAUGAGAUUUCUGUGCAUCUAAUUGGCAUUAAGAAUAAAGAAGAUGCAUUGUUUGUCGUGUUCCUCCAUAACUGCAAUAUACUUGAUGAAAUGGGAAACCGGAUAAAUGAGCUGGAGCAGAGCAUCAACGACCUCAGGUCAGAAAUGGGUGCAGAGGGGGGCUCUCCAUCUCCUUUGGCACCAUCCAAAAAGCCCGAUGAGGUGAAACCAGGGGAAGUUCAUACUUACCUUUUCUGGUUCCCAAAUGUUGUUGGGAAGAUAGAGCUGGCCUACUAUAUGGGACUAGUAUGUGCCCGAGACAUCUAUGAGGUUAAGAUUCUUUUUUGA